UGCUUCCUCUAGUUUGCUUUAGCAGCCUGUCCGCUACCAAACAUCAACGUUAACUAUCACAACUAUAGUGUCUGAUGGUUUUCUGACCGUUUCUGACAGAUGGCUUUUGUUUCGCACAGCCACAGGGAACCAAACGGAACCUACACCUUCUCCAGUCGCCCGAGACCAGUAGAGAACCGCUCUAAGUACAGAGAGCCUCCGUCUGAACAAACACACAGUAAUUAUGGAAACAUUAUGUAUGACCGUCGCGUUGUCAGAGGAAACACUUACGCUCAACACAUCAUACCAACUACAGCUCAUCCAGACCCUGCUGAAAUACUCAGACAACAGGAGAUCAGGAGGAGAGCCAUUGCUCGAAGACGUGCCAGAGAGCACCUCAAACCCAAGACUCCUGAAGCCCUGCAGGGCAGAAAACACAUUGAUGUUCAAACAGAUCUUUAUCUUGAAGAAUUGAGUGAUGUUAUAGUGGCAACAGAUAUUGAAUGCCAGACUGAGGCUUUCCUGGAUAAACCAGCAACCCCACUCUUCAUACCUGCCAAAUCUGGCAAAGAUGCUGAAACACAGAUAGAGGAGGGAGAGUUGUUUGACUUUGACAGGGAGGUGCAGCCGAUGUUGGAGGUCCUGGUGGGGAAGACAAUAGAGCAGUCUCUGCUGGAGGUGAUGGAGGAGGAGGAGCUGGCCUGUCUGAGGGCCCAGCAGAGGGCUUUCGAAGAGCUCCGAAAUAAUGAGCUGGCAGAAGUGCACCGACUUCAGGAGCAGGAGAGACGCCACAGUGAGGAGAAAGAGCGUAGAAUUGCCCAGCAGAAGGAGGUGAUGAAGAAAGAAAGAGAGACUGCAGAGAAGAUUGCUGCCCGGGCAUAUACUCAGCAGUACUUGGCUGAUCUUCUACCUGCAGUCUUCACCUCACUGAGAAGCCACGGCUACUUUUAUGACCCUGUGGAGAAAGAUAUUGAGACUGAUUUCUUCCCAUGGCUGAUGGAUGAGGUUAACAACAGUUUGGAGAAGAGAUACAUAGCAAGAGAGAUGCUGGACACUAUCAUCCAUGAUGUCACCCAGAAGAGACUGGAGAUGUUCAAGGAGCUGGAGACACAACCAGACAAAUCUGACAUAUAGCACUGAAAGACUCAGUGGUAAUAAUUCACUGAGAUGAGUCGAUGGCAUUAAUCUAUUAUCAAAAAUA